AUGACAUACAUUCAAUACAUACUGUGUAGUUACUGUUUUACUUGGAGCUGUCAGGCUUUAUAUUCCACUGACUGGUUGAAGAAUAUCAGCACUGACCUCUUCAGAUCUUCUGGAGACUUUCUAAUUGGGGGCCUCUUCCCUAUUAACGAGCUCACUAGUGACCUGAGUGAACGAGAGGAGCCUGAUGAUUUUGAGUGUAACAGGAUCAACAGCAAUGGCCUGGCCUUGUCCAUGGUUAUGAAGUUCUCUGUGGACUACAUAAACGCAGACUCAACUAUCCUGCCUGGCAUAAAGCUGGGCUUUGAGACCUAUGACACGUGCGGGCAGCCGGCCGUGAUCAUGAAGCCCACCCUCCUCUUCCUCAGCGAGGGCUCCACGGAGGAAGUGGCCGUCAAGUGCAACUACACCGACUAUGUCACGCGGGUGGUGGCCGUAAUCGGCCCAUACACCUCAGAAAUGGUGGCUGUUGUCAGCAAGCUUCUUGGCUUCUUCCAUAUGCCACAGAUCAGCUUCAGUGCCACUAGCGACAAGUUCAGUGACAAGGAUCUCUACCCGUCCUUUAUGCGCACUGUACCUACAGACAAACUACAGGUGAAGGCCAUCGUGGAGCUUCUGAAUAAGUUUAAGUGGAACUGGGUGGCAGUGGUGGCCAGCGAGGACGAGUACGGAAGAAAGGGCCAACGACAACUAUCUGAGCUGGCAAAACGGGAGAAGAUAUGUGUGGCAUAUGAGGGGAUCAUUCCGAUAUACAAGGACCCUGUGUCCACCAUGUCCACCAUCAAGAACAUAUUACAUCAGAUCAAGACCACCAAUGUUGGGGUGGUGGUGCUCUUUACACUCGAAGAGCCUGCUAAAAAGUUCUUUGCUGAGGUGAUCAAAGAGAAUAUGACGAUGGUGUGGAUAGGUCCCACUUCUUGGUCACUGGAUGGUGCCAUCGCCACCUUGCCCAACAUCCACACUGUAGGCACCAUCCUGGGUUUCGCCGACGAGGACCGGCCCUUGCCACAAUUUACCGACUACUUCCAGGCCCUCUUCCGCAAGAUCCAGCAGGAGAGGCCGACACAGCCUCCCAGCUCCUCCACCCCUUCCCUGGGCAACCCGUGCCCCAUGUGCUGGUGGCACCUCUCUCCAGACAACAUGAGUCUGGUGGAGGAGGUGGUGCACAGUAGACUUGCCUUCAGCAUAUAUGCUGCGGUCCGCAGCAUUGCUCAGGCACUGCAUAACCUGCUGGGCUGCGAGACUGCUUCUUCAUGCUCACGGAUGUCCAAGAAAAGAAUCUACCCAUGGCAGUUGCUGGAGAAGUUGCGGAAGGUGUCCUUGGACAUAAAUGGCACUAAAUUUGAAUUUGAUAAGGAUGGGAACCCCAGUAUGGGCUAUGAAGUCUUGGAGUGGUCAUGGAACUCAUCACACAACCGAAUGAAUUUUCAACGUAUUGGUGACUACCUCGAACAGCUGUCCAUUGACGAGACACUUCUUCAGUGGCACACAGAAUCCAAUGAGGUUCCCAGCUCCAACUGCUCUGGAAAGUGCAGAACUGGAGAAGUUCAGCGUAUAAAGGGCUUCCACUCUUGCUGCUAUGACUGCCUUCCAUGCCACGAAGGAACAUUCAAGAACAAAGAUGACAUCCAGUGCACCACCUGCCCCGAGGGCCAGUGGUCCAUCCAGCGCAGUGACCACUGUGUGUACCCCACAUACACCUACCUGGACUGGUACAGCCCUGAGAGCUUUGGCCUGGUGCUGGCAGGGGUGGUGGUGCUCAUCUGUGAGAUUGUUGUCACUGUGCUCUUCCUGCGCCACUGGGACACUGCGUUGGUGAAGGCGAGCGGAGGGCCCCUGUGUGUCUUGUCCCUGCUGUGCCUGGUGGUGUGUUGUGCCAGCCUGGUGCUCUUCCUGGGCCCUCCGGGGGACAUCAUGUGCCGCCUGCAGCUGCCAUUCAACGCCUUCUUCCCCACUGUCGCCCUGUCCGCUAUCUUAUCAAGCUCUCUGCAGAUUGUUUAUGUGAUCGAGCUCUCAGGAAGAGACACAUCUCACCUGCAGACCUUGCGAGGCCCGGGCAGCUGCCUGGUGGUGCUGGCUUGCUGUGGAGUUCAGGCUGGACUGUGCAGCUGGUUCGUCCAGGUGGCACCUUCCCUAUCCACCUUUCGCUCGGAGCUGAAGGUGGCAUUUGUGGAGCGGUUUCUCAGAUGCCCUGUGACUCCGCUACACAGCUUUAUACUCAUGCUGGGCUUCAAUGGUCUCCUGGCACUUGUCGCCUUCACGUGCACCUUCACAGCUGUGAAGCCAGCCAGGCAGUACAACAUGGCGCGUGACAUCACCAUUUCCACCCUGGCUUACUGCGUGGUGUGGGUGAUCUUCGUGCCCAUCUACACGGGUUUGGACAACAGGGAAAAGUCCAUCGCUCACGUGGCCGUCACCCUGAUCAGUCACAUGGGGCUGGUGGCAGCCUACUUCUUCCCCAAGUGCCACCUACUGCUGAAGACACCUGAGCUCAACACACCAGAGCACUUCCGCGCCUACCUGGAGGGCAAAACAGCACCAGAGGAGGAGCAGGCUCACUAAUGCAAUGGAAUAAUAUCAAAAUACAUUUUAUACAUAUAUAUAUUGUAUACAUAUUUUUGGUAACUCCAAUAAUUUAGCAAUUAGCUGUGUAGUA